AUGGCGGUAGGAAAGAACAAGCGGUUGUCAAAGGGCAAGAAGGGCUUGAAGAAGAGGACGGAUCCAUUCGCGCGCAAAGACUGGUUCUCGCUCAAGGCGCCCUCCACCUUCAACAUCCGCGAUGUCGGCAAGACCCUCGUGAACCGCACAACCGGUCUCAUCAACGCCAACGACCGCCUCAAAGGCCGUAUCUUCGAAGUCUCCCUCGCCGACCUCCAGAAAGACGAGGACCACGCCUUCCGCAAAGUCAAGCUCCGCAUCGACGAAGUCCAAGGCAAGAACUGUCUGACCAACUUCCACGGCCUCGACUUCACCUCGGACAAACUCCGUUCGCUGGUCCGCAAAUGGCAGUCCCUGAUCGAGGCCAACGUCGUGGUCAAGACGACGGAUGAUUACCUCCUCCGUCUUUUCUGCAUCGCCUUCACCAAGCGACGGCCGAAUCAGAUCAAGAAGACCACCUAUGCGCGCAGCUCGCAGAUCAGGCAGAUCAGGAAGAAGAUGACGGAUAUCAUGUCCCGGGAGGCGUCGGCGUGCACACUGAGCCAGUUGACUACGAAGCUCAUUCCCGAGGUCAUUGGGCGUGAGAUUGAGAAGAGUACACAGGGUAUCUACCCACUUCAGAACGUCCACGUCCGCAAAGUCAAGCUCCUCAAGCAGCCCAAGUUCGAUCUCGGCAACUUGCUCUCGCUCCACGGCGAGUCGUCUACCGAUGAUGCUGGCCAGAAGGUCGACAACAAGGACUUCAAGGAGCCGGCGCCAUUGGAGAGCGUGUAA